CUUACGCCUUUGUGUGCGUGUGUGCGCGCAGUGGAGCCGACUGCGUACCCGAAAACCGAGUGACGGAUGCCCUGCAUAGAAAAUAAGCUGCUUCUUUUGGCUCCUUCCGUGUUGUUCUGGGGGACAUUUGUAUUUAAAAAUCUAAAAUAUGUUUAGCCUGCCUGUCUAAAUAGAAAGGAGGUGAAUGUCUCACUUAUCCAGAGACUGAACAGAAAGAAGAGGAACGCGUUCCCAGCAAGUGCAGCAAAUUGGACUUGCCACCAUCAGCACCCCUCCUCUCCUCUCCCCUCGCCAUCCCUUCACUCCUCCUCCCGUGAAGGUCUCCUCUCCUACACUCCAUCCAUCCUCAUUCUCCCAGUGAUCCAGGAGCAGCCUCAGACCAUCCGCAAGCUCUCCAAACACCACAGCGUUUCCUUUUAUUUUUCUCUUAUUGCCUCUGGAUUUUCGGGGUGACCCGGGAGACGCCGAUGGAGAUGGACGAUUAAAAAAAAAAACAAGGACGCGUAUCAUUCGCCGCAAAACUGGAGCAGCACGCACGACCACGCCGGGGGGGAAGGGGGCGACGGGACUCGGUGAAUUCACGGAGCCCCCGGGACAGAGGCUGCGACUGGUCCCACCCCAAGAUGACGUCGCCGAAGAACAAGGCCAAGAAGAAACCACCAAAAGACAGCAUGACGCUGCUGCCGUGCUUUUAUUUUGUAGAGCUCCCCAUCGUCCUCUCCUCCUUGGUGUCCUUGUACUUCCUGGAGCUGACAGAUGUGUUGUCCCCCGCGAUGGUGGGCUUCCGAUGCCAUGACCGUGACCUAUCCAUGCCGUACAUAGAAACCGGCGACGAGCUCAUCCCGCUGUUGAUGCUUCUGAGUUUGGCCUUCGCCGGUCCCGCAGCAUCUAUAAUGAUGGGGGAGGGACUCAUGUACUGCAUGCAAUCCAAGCUGAAGACUUGUCCCAAGUCGGAGAGCAGCAUCAAUGCUGGAGGCUGCAGUUUCAACUCCUUCCUACGCAGGACUGUGCGCUUCGUGGGUGUUCAUGUGUUCGGUCUCCUGGCAACAGCCCUGGUGACAGAUGUCAUCCAGUUAGCUACUGGUUACCACGCCCCAUUCUUCCUUACAGUCUGCCAGCCCAAUUACACAGCCCCGGGAGUGUCAUGUGACAACAACGCCUACGUCACACAGGACAUCUGCAUGGGGAAGGACCAGUAUGCCAUCAUGUCUGCCAGGAAAACCUUCCCAUCCCAGCAUGCAACACUCUCUGGCUUCGCUGCUGUCUAUAUAUCCAUGUACUUUAAUGCCAGCAUCAGCAGCACGACCAAACUGUUGAAGCCGCUCCUGGUGUUCACCUUCUGCAUGGCGGCGGGUCUCGCCGGCCUGACGCAGAUAACCCAGCACCGGAGUCACCCGAUCGACGUCUACGUCGGAUACCUCAUCGGAGCCGGCAUCGGAGUCUACCUGGCUGUGUACGCCGUGGGAAACUUCAAAGCAUCAGAGGAAGAUGCCCCCUCCUUACAAAGACUGGCUUCAGGUCAACAGAAGGACAGCCUGAGGGUGCUGAGUCAGCGGAGUCAUGACUCCUUCCACAGGAAGAACCCCAGAGCUUCCGAGAGCAGGGAGGAACUGGGGAUGGGAUCUGGGGCUCGCAGUAAGGUGAGGAGGGAGAAGGCGUCCCUCGCCUCGCUCAAACGGGCGAGCGCUGACGUGGAGCUCCUGGCAACGCGGGGUCCCAUGGGCAAGGAAACCAUGGUCACCUUCAGCAACACGUUGCCGCGAGUCGCAAACGGCAGCAGCCCCAUCUCCCCCUCGGACGAGCCGAUCGCCACACAGCGCCACAUGACCUUCCACGUGCCCUACGAUUCCCAGAAGUCUCGGCAGUUGGUGUCGGAGUGGAAGCAGCGCUCGCUGGAGCUGCGCAGCCAGAGCUCGCGAGACGAGGACGAGGCAAUGGACGGGAGAGAUGAAGGCGGCGAAGGAGGGGGAGGAGCGGCGGGAGGAGACGCGGGAGACCAGGGGAUGCCGUCCUCUCUUUAUCCCAUGGUGCAAGCCAACAAGGGCAGCGCCACACCAACCGGAGCCAGGAUGGUGGUGGCACCCCCACUCGUUCACAUCCCAGAGGAGGCUUCGCGGCCGCCGCCCGUCUCACCGAAGAGUGCCAAAACCCGUGCCAAGUGGCUCUCACUCACCGAGGGGGGAGUGGUGAAGGAGCCGGGAACGGGGCCCAUCGCUGUGUCGACUCCCCGGGUGCCCAACACGCAGCCCAACCAGCCGCCAUGCCAACAAAGAGUCACGCAGGUGAUAGCUAUGUCGAAGCAGCAGGGUCACGGCGCCAUGAACUCGUCCGCUAAGACUUCAGAGGGCGGCUCGUCCUCUGGCGGAGGCUCCAACUGCUCCGAGUCGCCGUACUACCGGAUCCCGUCUGAUCGGGACAGCUGCAGCGGGAGCAACCCCGGGAGCAUCGCCGGAAGCGGGAGCAUCGUCACCAUCGACGCCCACGCCCCCCACCACCCGGUGGUGCGCGUGUCGGCCGCCAACGGGAAGCCGUGGGAGUGGAGAAACACCAUCAGCGGCAACAUGAUGGCCGCCGAUACGGCGGGGGACAAGCACCGCACGGCGCUGCAGCGGCAGGACAAUGUCAACCACUACCGGGAUUACCGGACGCUUCCCAUGAAAACGGACUCGCUCUGCUCCUCCUCUGCCAGCGGCAGCGCCGACGGCUGCGGCGAGCUGCCUCUGCCGCCGCUGCCCUCCUCCUCCCCGCUGCCUCCACCGCCCCAGCUCUCGUCAUCCCCUCUCCCGCCGCCGCCUCCUCACUCGUCGCCUUCCCCGCUGCCUCCCCCUCCGCACUCGAGCUCCUCUCCGAUGCCACCGCCUCCUCUCCCUCACCCCGGCUCGUCUCACAUGCCUCCACCUCCUCACCCGUCCUCUCAGAUGUCCCCACCGCCCCUCCCACCACCUCACUCUAUCAUGCCCCCGCCUCCUCACCCAUUGAGCUGUCAAAUGCCCCCUCCACCUCACCCUUCCUCCUCCAUGCCGCCGCCUCCUCACCCGUCCUGCUCCGGCAUGCUGCCCCCUCCUCCCCACCCGGAUUUACUGAUGGACGGCCACAGCCAGGCACUGUCCCGCUCCUCCACUCUGCCUCGUCAGCCGUCUGUGUCGGCCCGCAGCCACGCCGAGCAGGAGCACUAUUACAAGGCUAUGCAGAACGAGAGGAUGUUAUAGUGACACUAAAACCCCUGGACGUUAUUGCCAUACAAAUGAUUGUACUUCGGAGGACGACGCUGAAAGAGACAGUGAAACAAAGUAGGUGUGUGAUGGGUGGAAU